AAAUUAGGCCUAAUAAUUUGCUUGGUCAUUUGAUAAAAAAAAAAAAAAAAAAAAAAAAAAAAAACAAAACAAAAUCAGAACUGGUUGAUUUUUGGUUUAACGCGGACGAGAACUGACAAGCAGUAGCUAACAAAGAAGCCAAUCGGAGCGAGUCAGAAGCAUUUUUUGCUCGCUCCUUUUGGUGGGCCAUAGUUUCGGUUCGUGUUUGUGAUCUCAAUGUCCCGCACAAGGAAUGCCAUUGUUGCCACUGGUCUGUUAGCUUUUGCUGGUGCAGGCUUGGCGUUUCCCUUUUACAUGGCGUCUUCAAGGACGCCAGUUAUUGACCCAACAAAGCCAUUGCCACCCCAGGCAACAUUUCGAGGGCCAUAUAUAAACACUGGUUCCCGUGACGUCGGACCUGAUCAUCAGAGUUACCCCAAGAACUGAUUCGUUUUUCUUUUGUGAGAUAACUGGUUUAGGAAGAAAGUAAGAGAUAUGCUUUGCUUAUUUGUGCAUUUGGCUUGUGAAUGGAAGAUCUGUUUGAAAAUAGCUAAUUGUUCAAAUGGAUGGGAUGGGCAGUAUCUGGAAUGUAGAUCAGUAAAGUCUGCUUCGUUUGUCACUUUUCAGUGAAUGAUAAUGUUACUGUCAUUCUCAUGAUGAAGGACCUGGAUCAGUGUUGGAUAUAAGACUUACAGGGAUUGAGAUCUAUUAUUUUAUUGGAUUACACAUGUGAAAUAUCAAACUGAAACAAUUGAAGCAUUAGCUUUUCAGUUUGGUUUGUAAUUUACUUUGCUCGUUGUUUCAAUAAAAGGAUAUAUGUGAAAAGUAUCAUUUGCUGAGGAAAUUUAAGAACAAUCAUUUGAGUAUUAAA